AUGGAGACCGUUCUAGUCGUCGGAGCAACUGGAAAUAUCGGCGUCUCAGCCGUCAUGGCCGCCUUGCGCUCCAAGCGCAACGUCUUGGCCAUUGUCCGCAACCAAACCUCAGCGGACAAGCUCGUGAAGUACAUUGGGUCGUCGAAGGGAAUCACUUUCGCCGAAGCCAAUGUUCUGUCGGACACCGGGGUAAAAGGUGUCGUUGAUCAAGUCCGAGCUGGCAAGCUUCCGGCUUUCCAGCAUGUGUUUUCCAGCGUUGGCGGCGAGUACACGACAACUCCCCUCACGGAGAUCACCACCGCCCAGCUACGCAACAACUUUAACAUCUCCUUUGAAGCCAACUUCUUCGCCUAUCGGGAUACCAUCGGUUAUCUGCUGGAACAGAAGAACCCGGCCAGUACAUGGACGAUUUGUACCGGGGCGCAGGGCGACUGGGCAACCCGCCCGGUGCCGGCCAUGACGCAAGGCGCCUUGUUCCCCAUGGCCACGGCCGCUGCCCGGGAGAACGAGUCGACGAACGUCCGUUUCAACGAACUCUACCUUGCGUUCCGAGUCGAGGUGGAUGAACUCGCUGUGCAGCAUGGGGUAACGAAGGCAUCGGACUUUAGUAAUGUGUACGAGUUGAUUCUGGCCAAUCCCGAGGUCCGCAGUUCGCGUGUCCGGGUCGACGAUGUUGAAGACAUCAAGAAGUUGAAGUACCAGAAGAAGUUCUAG